AAAAAAUGAUGCUCAUUGAUCCAUAAAACAAGUUGCUUAAAAUUUAAAUCAUGGAUUUGAUUACGUAAACUUCUAUCUAAAUAUUUUUAUAGCAAUAAGCUUUCAAGAAUAGUGAUAUCUAAGGAUUAUAAUUACUCAUGCACCAAAUUACAAUAUUAAGCAGAUAAUAGUAGAUUAUAUGUUUCUUUUACUUGUUUUAACUUUAAAGAUAUAUUUGAAAUAGCUGGAAAUUAUAUGAUUCAAAAAUAUUAUAAAGGUGAUACAAAAUAAUUUAUUUAGAUUAUAAUUUGGAACCUGUAGAAGAUGGUUUUAAUUUAACUUUUUCAUUUGAUGCAAAAAUUGCAAAAUCAGAACCAAAGAUUCCUAAAGAUGCUGAUGAAGCAUAGAAGGCAGAAAUUUAAGAGCAAAGAGCUCUUAUUAGAGCUGAAAAUUAAAAAUUAUUUGAAAAAGUCACAAAUGAUUUUUCUUCAAUUAGAAGAAACUUUUAUGCAGCUGCAUUUGAAUAAACAUUUGAAUAAAUAAAUUCAGGAACUCAACCUAAAAAAUUUAAGUAUUAAAGUCGAGAAAAUGAAACUGUUUAUGUAAUACCUGAAAGAGAUGCUGUAAAUAUAUUCUAUGAAAUAUCUUUUUCUGAUAAUGUUGAUAGAACUUUAGCAAAUUUAAUAGUUACUGAAAUUAUAGAUGCAAAAAAGAAUGUUAAGAAUUCUCCUCCAAUUGCUAGAUCAAAUUAUUAAUCAACAAUUUUAAAAUAAUCAUUUCCAGAAGUAUUAAAUGUGAAAUAAGAUCCAAAUUCUUAAUUGAUUACAAUGACUUUAUUCUAAAAUUAACAUUUUAGUAAAAACAUUGAAUAAUUAUCAACAUUUUUAUAAGGUUUAAGGUAAUAAAAAAUAAAUAAUAUAGAUAAUAUUUACAUUAUCAUAUUCAUGCAUCAAAAACAUAUUUGCAUACUAGAAUAAUUAAAAGAAUAAAUUAAUUUUAAAGAAGCUUGUAACUGUGUUAAUUUGAACCAGAAGUAGAGAAGAAAGGUGAUGAUGGAUUAAAUUUAGGUUUAAAAGCAUGAGCUAUUAAAUAUAAUGAUAAAUGAAUAAAAGAAAGAAAAG